UAGGGGUUGUCACAGCUCAUUCUUUUGCAUGUUACAGUGUCACAGCUCAUUCUUUUGCAUGUUACAGAGUCCCUCUCGUCAAUGCUUGUUUCCAUUUGCCUGUAGAUAUAUAUAAUAAUAUAAUAAUGCGCUUUUCUCUCUCUCUCUUUUGCUACUCAUUACCCUUCUUAAUAAUAUACCUGCAGGCUGGUGGAACUCCUUUCAAUUCUACUUCCAACACCAAUUCCACUGGCUCGACUGUUGCUGCUACUUCAUCUGACGACCAUACUGUUAAUGGCCAUAGGAAACCUUUUCGACGGAGUAACAACAACACAUCAUCUUCCACUAGUAACAUCUCCAAUGCAACGCCUGCUCCUCCUUUUAACACCAGAGAUCAGAAUCACAGCCAAAGGGGUGCCUUUUACGGUUCUGGAUCUUUCCGUACUUCUCACCGGAAUCGCAACACCAGCUCUUACCCUCGUGGGGAAGGCUCCUCCCACCAUGGAAACAGGCGCCAUUAUGAUCAUUGGGGGAACCAAAGCGGGUUUUCUCACCGUAACCAUACCGGGAGAGACAUGCACUUGCAACCGCAGAGGGGUAUUGGGAUGAUGAGACCGCACAUGCUCAUGGGGCCACCAUCUUUUCCUGCCACUAGUGCGCAAUAUAUGGCAGCGCCUCAAUAUGGUGGCCCCAUGCUCUACCCCGAUUAUGCACAGCAUGUCUUUAUGCCACCUCCACCUCCAGAGCCGAUAGGUUUAGUUGGACCCUUCCCACCUCCAUCGCUGUAUCUUUCUAGUUUUGAUGCCAUCUUGUACAAUAAGAUAUUGACACAAGUAGAAUAUUGUUUCAGUGCUGAUAACCUGAGCAGAGAUAAACACUUGCGGGAUCAGAUGAAUGAUGAAGGUUGGGUUCCUGUUAGAGUUAUAGCAGGGUUUAGGAGACUUGCAGAGCUGACCAACAACAUCCAGACUAUAUUGGAGGCGCUGAAAAGUUCACAAGUCGUGGAAAUUAAGGGUGAAACAUUGAGGAGGCGAGGAGACUGGGACAAGUAUCGAUUGCCUCGUGAGUCUUCAAAGUCCGGUCCAGCAGCAGCAGCUGGCGACAAAGAGAGAGGAAGGAAAAUGUGUUUAAUUUCCUUUUGCAAGCCUCUCUCUAUCUCUUUCUUUCUUUCCUUUUUUUUUUGUUGAGAAUCGGAUAGGAACUGAUUGUUAACUCAGUCUCAUUAGGAAAACAAUAAUAUGCUGCUCAACU